UCUCCACAGCACGGAGAUAUGGGCUUACUGUAACUGAGACCUGGAGCUUUCUUAAACUUAAAAAAAAAACUUUAAAGAGAACCAUAGACUGAGAGAGAAAUAAAGAGACUCAUCUUGUCCAGAGUGAUGGAAAGCUAAUCCUGGCCAAUACUUUGAGACUUUAGCGUGGUGGGAGAAAAAAAAGAGGAGCGAGGACAAGCCUGAGGAUACUACAGAUUAUGUUGCCAUGGAAACCGAAAUCUGGAAGCGGACGCAAGGACCACUGAAGGCAUCGACAUCCCCUGACUGCAUCCUUGACACGUUACCGUCAUCCUGCGCCCUGUGGUGAGAGAAUGCUGUGGAGAAUAUCUAUACCAGUCAUACUGGCUGGGUUGCUCUGCAUCACGGCAGAAACCAAAAAGCACCGGCCCCAGGGAUCCAUCCCGUCCCCGCACAAGACCAAAGGGAACUUGUCCUCAGAGCGUCACCAGCGGCUACUGCAGCAGAAACCUGAGGUGCUGUCCUCCAGCCGGGAGGCCUUGGUGGUGACGGAGCGUCGCUACCUCCGCAGAGACUGGUGCAAGACCCAGCCUCUCCGCCAGACCAUCAGCGAGGAGGGCUGCCGCAGCCGCACCGUGGUCAACCGCUUCUGCUACGGCCAGUGUAACUCCUUCUACAUCCCCCGCCAUAUGGGUCCCAGCUCGAGUCAGGGCCAGAAUCGAGGACAGGCCUCAGGCUCUGGAAGGAAAAAACACAACAAGGUCCAGGAGCCGUUUCAGUCCUGUUCCUUCUGCAGGCCACACCGCAUCACACAGCUCACAGUGCAGCUAGACUGCCCAGACCAGCAGCCGCCUUUCAGACACCGCAAGGUGCAGAGGGUCAAACAGUGCCGCUGCAUGUCUGUGGAUGUGAGCAGCCAUGGGAAACUGUAAAGGAUUAAGAUUAAA